CUCUCCAUUGCACCCCCUCGGAGCUCUGUUCCUUGGUCGCAAGGUUGGUUCGUUUCUUGUCUUGGUUGAUUGAUCCGGCCGGAUUACGGGGUGGAAACUAAAGGUGGCGCCUUUGGUAGCGUUUCUUGGUCGAUUGGUCGCAUGAGAUUGCUCCAUUGAUUCAUUGGUUGGUGGGUCUUGAGAGCGAUCUUGGUUGGCCUGUUGAUUGGUGGAGAAAGUGCGAGUCGGGGUGAAAGGAGGCAGUUUCCUUUUUGUUCUGUGAUCGAUCGAUCCGGUCUCAUCCAUUUCGGUGUGCUGUUCUUGUGGGGGAUUUGGGGGAACUUUGGUUUCGUGGCGGCGGCGGCGGCGAGGUUGGGUUUCAGCUUGGAAGGGUCAGGUUGGCUUGUUGUGUUCUUGGCAUGAGCGUCGGAGAAGAUGGGGAUGGAUUACUACAACGUGCUCAAGGUCAACCGGAACGCGACGGAGGAGGACCUCAAGAAGUCGUACAGGCGGAUGGCUAUGAAGUGGCACCCCGACAAGAACCCCGGCGACAACAAGAAGGAGGCCGAGGCCAAGUUCAAGAAGAUCUCCGAGGCCUAUGAGGUUUUGAGUGAUCCCCAGAAGAGGGCGAUCUAUGAUCAAUAUGGAGAGGAGGGUCUGAAGGCCUCUGUGGAUGCAGGUGCUUCAUCGUCCAUGAACGGGUCUGCUAACCGCUGGUUCAAUCCUCGGAAUGCUGAAGAUGUAUUUGCCGAGUUCUUUGGCAGCAGCAAGCCCUUUGAGGGAAUGGGGCGUGCAAAGUCUAUGAGGUUCCAGACAGAAGGUGCUGGCACUUUUGGUGGUUUUGGUGGGAACGAGAACAAAUUUAAAUCGUACAACGAUUCAGUUGGCACCAGUUCAAGCCAGACUCGGAAGCCACCGGCCGUGGAGACCAAACUGCCUUGCACACUUGAAGAGCUCUAUGCAGGUUCGACGCGCAAGAUGAAGAUAUCAAGGAACGUUGUAAGACCUACUGGGCAAAUAGGGACUGAAUCAGAGAUUCUAACUAUUGAUAUAAAGCCUGGGUGGAAGAAAGGAACCAAGAUUACGUUUCCGGACAAGGGAAAUGAGCAGCCAAACCAGCUCCCUGCUGACCUUGUCUUCGUAAUCGAUGAGAAGCCCCAUGAUCUAUACACAAGAGAAGGUAAUGAUCUCCUUGUGCACCAGAAGAUUGAAUUGGUGGAUGCAUUGGCUGGAACCACGGUUAAUCUGAAGACUCUCGAUGGCCGUGAUUUGGUGAUCAAGCUCACUGAUGUGGUUACACCUGGGUAUGAACUUGCGAUCGCGAAGGAAGGGAUGCCUAUCGUCAAGGAGAACGGGAGGAGAGGCAAUCUAAGGAUCAAGUUUGACGUCGUUUUUCCCAAGAGGUUAUCAUCAGAGCAGCGGCAGAAUAUUAGGAAGGUUCUUGGAGGGCAACCUCAGCAGCAGUGACCACAAUUCAGAAGCAAAUCACCUUUGCCAUAGUUCUUGAAAAUACAGACUAAUUCAGUUAUUCAGAGUUGUCCUUCUUCACCAGUUGGCUUGUACACAUAGUUAUUUUGUCCUUUGCAGUUGUUCAUCUUCUUUGAUCUGCCACCUUUCUUGGAAAAAUAGCAAUCUUAAUUGAUGACCACUAUACGUGUAAGAAAAAAAAAUGUCACUACACUUGAAUUACAGAGUGCAUUGUACGUUUGGUGAA